UACCGAGCCGUGUUAACGACCGCACCUACAUCACAAACAUACACACAUAACGUUCAAUAUUAUAUUAAUACAGUGACAGUGUACUAUACGAACGUAAUAACAUACGGACUGUUUUAUAUUAGGUUUCUUCAGUGAUCAUCCAUACAUACGAGCGAGGUACGGUGAAGGUCGGUUCAGGGCCGGUGUAGGGGCUGGGGCAGGGGUUGGUGUAGGGCUCGGGGGUUUCGAGUGUUAGUGUGGCGCUGCACGGGGGCUGGGGGCGGGCGGCGCCUGCGCCCGCGCACGCAGCCACCACGCUGGUAGGCGGACUGGUCGCGCCGCCGCGGGAACCAACCACGGCGGCAGAAGCCUUCUGGAAGAUGCCGCAUAAAGACGAGCUGAUGCAUAGCGCGGCGAUGGGUGGUGGAGCGCUGUUCGGAUGCUCGUCUGCAGGGCACAGCGGCAUCAACCAGCUCGGAGGGGUCUAUGUGAACGGCAGACCGCUCCCGGACUCCACGAGGCAGAAGAUAGUGGAACUGGCGCACUCCGGAGCACGACCCUGCGACAUCAGCAGGAUACUCCAAGUCAGCAACGGAUGCGUCUCCAAGAUACUGGGAAGAUAUUACGAGACUGGUUCCAUCAAACCUAGAGCGAUCGGUGGUUCGAAGCCAAGAGUGGCGACCACUCCCGUGGUCCAGAAGAUAGCUGACUACAAGAGAGAAUGUCCAUCCAUCUUCGCCUGGGAGAUAAGGGACCGUCUGCUCAGCGAGAACGUCUGCAACAAUGAUAAUAUACCAAGCGUGUCAUCAAUAAACCGUGUGCUGCGUAAUCUCGCCUCUCAGAAGGAGCAGGCAGCGUCAGCACAGAACGACAGCGUUUACGAGAAGCUGAGAAUGUUCAACGGCCAGGCGGCCACGGGUUGGUGGUACCCAGGGUUACCGACCGCACCAGCACCAACCAUACCCGCGCCGAUACCGCAACAGCUGAACAGACCGGAGGAACAUAAACGAGCAGAUACGCUGCAAUCGGAGGCUGGGUCUGAUGGGAACAGCGAGCACGCGUCGUCUGGAGAUGAAGACUCGCAAAUGAGGCUGAGGCUGAAGAGGAAGCUGCAAAGGAACAGAACAUCCUUCACAAACGAUCAGAUAGAUAGUCUCGAAAAAGAGUUCGAGCGCACUCACUACCCGGAUGUUUUCGCGCGGGAACGACUGGCGGAAAAGAUCGGAUUACCUGAGGCACGUAUCCAGGUGUGGUUUUCAAACCGUCGAGCUAAGUGGCGUCGUGAGGAGAAGCUUAGGAGCCAAAGAAGAGACGCGCCCGCAUCACCCGCGCCUCCGGCUAGGCUGCCGUUGAAUGGCGGGUUCAACUCCAUGUACAGCCCCAUACCACAACCUAUCGCCACCAUGACUGAUACGUAUAGUUCGAUGUCGUCCGGUCUGUCGUCCUCGUGUCUCCAGCAACGUGACGGUGGGUAUCCGUACAUGUUCGGGGACGUCCUCUCGGGCGGCGGGUACAGAGCGCCCGCGGCACACCAGCAACACGCCGCGUACAGCCAGCCACAGAGCGCGGGCAGCACCGGUGUGAUAUCGGCGGGUGUGAGCGUCCCCGUUCAAAUACCUUCUCAGGGGCCGGACCUCGCGUCGAAUUACUGGGGUAGGCUUCAGUGAUCUCAGCUAUUCGGGUUCCCUCAUCGACUGCUCUCGAUGGCCGAGAACCCGAAUCUGGCCGAAACGCCAUCUAGCGAGCUAGCGCACAACUACGCCGACUCACACUUGACUGUGAACGCUCUCAACAUGACAGCCGGCCAUGACAGCGUUUUGGCGGGAGAUAUGACAGAGAACAGUUCAGUGUCGUAAAGUAGUGUAGUGAUUAACGCAAUAACCAGUGGACUCUAGUGUUAGUGUUCUAGUGUUAAAAUGGUGCAUCGUGUUAUUUUUGUAUAAUAUUUAUUCGACGGCUAAGCAACUGAUGAUGUUCAAACGUAGCGGUAAGUCUGGUCGCACGCCGUGAACCGCCGCGCCGGCGGCCGGGGCAUGGUGACGAUCAUAUAUUAUACAUUCAUUAUAAUCAUUUGCUUGUCUAGUGUAUAUUGUAAAUGCGGCAUGUUUCGUUGUGUAUGAUCGACUAGUGCGUUGGGAGGCGAUAGCGUACAUUGUAAAUAUAGAUAAACGCCAUCUAUUGUUGAAUCGGGGAAGCUUGUUGCUCGAGAGUUCAUUAACGUCUCGACGUGAAAUUAAUGUAAAUUGUUUGUGCCAACGUUUGUAAUAAUUGAGUGUUACGCGCCCUUUGCGUGUACAACCCUUUUAUUUCUUUGAUGUAUGCAUUGGGGGUGCAAAAAUAUUAAUGCCAUAGAAAAAAACGUGGCAAUAAGCUUCGUUACAGCGAUUUGUUUGUCACCCCCGCCUCGGGACUACACACUGUAACACAACUCGAUAUAAGUAUGUUUGUAUAAUUGUAUAAUAGUUACAUUAGUAGAUGUUGUAAUGUGUCGGAAGUCGAAAAAUUUUACAAUAGCACACCACGAAACGAAUUAAUUUAUGUUAUUUAUUAAUAAUUAAGGAGUUGCUGUGAUUAAAAUGUAGUUAGAUUUAUUUUGACGCUAUUCGGAAGAUUUUGGGAACAUUAAAAAAAUAAUAAUAAUAAUGUAAUACAAAAAAAUAUAAAAUUCGUAUACAUAAAUAUCGCUAAGGUUAUGUUAUCAGUGAAGCACAAUUUCUCGUUUGAUGUAAGAUACUAAUGAAACGUGUAUAAAUGCUAAUAUAUUUUGAAUAACGCAAUACAGAGGUGGUGUGGACGUUGUAAUGUACUUAGUUAGCGUUUAACUGUAAAAUAAAUUAUUGUAAUUAUAAGUGCAUAUUAAUUGAGGAGGUUACAGUGACGUUUAAUAAAUAUCGCAUUAACCAUUA